AAAAAUACUCACAUAAAAAAAGUGUUUUGCCCAGUGUCCUGUCUUGCUGUGAAAGGUCGGUAACCGUGGCAACAGGACCACAACAACAAAGCAGUGAAGGCUGCUAAGCUAACACAAAGCCUGACACGAGCCAGGUAAACAACAAAAGCUACGAUGAGCAGCGCAGAUGAAGGGACGGGCACGCCUGUGGAGUCCAGCGCUGAGGAACAAGUUGGUAGUGGAGACGAGCAAUUGGAGGAAGUUUCACCUGUCCCGGCUCUGAGUGGUUUCCUGCCCAGCCUGCCCCUUCCUGAGUCAUACAGACAAAAUUCUGUGGAGGAAGUCCGGGUGCUAGCCAUCGCUGACAACUUCCAGUGUCAGUAUCGCCUUUUGUGUCCUGAACGCAAACCUCUGCUGCUCUGCCCCAUCAACGAAUGCGGCGUUCAGAAGUUUGUGUCAACCACACUGCGUCCCACCAUGACAAGCCAUCCCGAGCUGCUAAACUGGGAUGGAUGUGCUUCGUUUGUGGCUGACUUCCUGUCUCUGAAUCCUUUGGAGCCACCUGUAGAGCUUCCCAGGUUCCUGUUCUCGGCGACCUCCGUGUUGCGCAGUCAGACGGCGACGUGUUUCGAAUAUGCCACUGUACUGUGCAGUCUGCUGCUAGGUGCCAACUAUGAUGCCUACUGUGUUAGCGGCUACGCUAGCAAGGAGAUGUGUCAGCUAGACCAAAGACGGCAAGAAUGCCCCAUACAGGGCGCUCAGGCCAAGGAAUCUGACAUGCCAGCUGAAAGUGAGCCAUGGCAGAGAUUUCAACGUGAACCGAAGAGUCGAUUCUUGACACGCCAGGCCAAGAAGAAACAAGAAGAGGCUGAAGCUCAAGCCAAGCAACAGGAGCAGGAGAUACCAGAGGCACCUGCCGACCCCCUGCGAGGUUUACGGGUUCACUGCUGGGUCCUUGUGUUGGCUGGGUGCCGCAGCGUCCAGGAGAACUUCUUGAUCGACCCCCUGACAGGAAGGAGUUACAGCACCACUUAUGAGCAUUUUCUGGGUGUGGAGAGUGUGUGGAACAACCUCAACUACUAUGUCAACAUGCAGGACUGCAAGAACAGCUGUGCUGAUCUGGUAUAUGACCUACAUGACAUCAAAAUGUGGGAGCCCGUCUUGUUUGGUGUCACCAGUAAAAGGCAACUCAGCAUCGAAGUCCUCAAGAGGAAGGAGAUGAAAAUGAUGGGCAUGACUUUUGUGGAAGAAGAAGAGGAGCGAGUAUUUCAGAUGCCGAGAACCUGGGUCACUUCCAUAUACAUCUCUAAAGAAGACUUAGAGACGCGUUGGCCAGGAGGUUGGAAGAUGAUUCGUUACAAGAAAGUCGAACUGGAGAUGUUUGCACCUUACUUACGAAUGGAUGGUCUGGUGACCCGACUGAGUACCUACAAGGACUUGGAUUGCACAGAGUUGAUGACUGUAAAGGAAUGGUACCAGAACAGAAAUGACCACCUGAAGGAGCGAGAAGUUAAUAAAGUAACAGGCAUCACGACCGAACGCUUCACACCGGGACGACACUUUCACCUUUUAUUUCAUAGGUACACAUCCACUCCAGCAGAUGGCGGCGAGCACGAGAUGGAAUUCAGCGGUGCUCGCGUAGACGGCCUGGUGCGUCGGUGGGACACACCGGAGGAAAUGACGGAGAGCUUUAAAGGCCGCGAGGACUUCCUCUACUACAGACAAGUCAUUUUCGACUGUAACGUAAAGUUGCCAGAGGAGCACAUCAGCACAGAACCAGAAGAAAGACCCCUGCUGAAAGUGUUGGAGCGUUUCCACAGGAAUCCAAGGAAGGAUGCUAAUGACGAUGUGGCUGAGCGAGUGUUUGUGGCGUCGCAGAGGAGGAUUGAUGUAAAGUACCAUCUGGAGGAGAACCGCUUUGUCCCAUGCAUGAGGACUUUUACCAAGCCACUCGGGCCAAGGGACAGCGAAUUCAGGGCAGACAUGGUUACCGGCUUCCAUGUGGAUCCUGACCAGAAGCCCCUAAAAACACUGGCUCUCUACGAGCUUCUCUCAGACCUCGUCAAAGCUGAACAGGAAGUGGAUCUCCAGAUCAAGAGCUCCAAAAAAGAGGUGCGAGACAUCGUGGCUUGCAGGGAACAGGAGGAGAUUGAUAUUCUUCUUCACUUUUCGCCAUGGACUGCCACCGGCAUAGCCAAGGCCCACAGUCUCCGAGAGGAAAUGGAGCGCGUAGCAGCCGAGGAGCAGCGGUGGUUGCUCGAGAAGGACACAGACUUCUUGGCUUCUUUCCUCAUCGGACUGCGUGACAUUGAGAUCACAAGCGCCGAAGAUGCACAACGUCUAUACGAGGAUAGCUUGACAAACUUCAAUGAGCAAAUAAAUGCACAGACACGACUUAUUCAGGAACGUCACGACCAGGCGACGAAGGCACUGCAGACGAUACAAGAACAUUACCAGGAGACCCAACAGGACAUGAGCCACCAGGAAACGAAGGAAUACCAGGCGUACUGCGCCCAGCACACCUUUCAGAUACACAUCGCGGAGAAACGGCUUAGCAUGCACAAGAGAUCAGCUGCUCAGAAGUACCGUGCAUUGGACCAAAGGCUCAAACAAGAUCCCCGACUGGCUCCUUUCUUACUCAACUGAGGACACACAUACAGUGCUGCUCAAAAGUUUGUGAACCCCCUCAACAUUUUGGAAUUUUCUAUUAUUUCAACCUGAUUUCCUAAUCAAUCAAUUCAUUAGUUUUUUUUUGUUUUUUUUAACAGUUGUGUUGUCGAGACUAAAUUAAAAAGAGUUUUCAUCAACUGAUGUAGGUGCAAAAUUGAACUGUUUGGUCACAACCAAAACCGCCAUGUCUGGCGAAAAGUCAACACUGCAUACCACCAAAAGAACCUUCUCCCAACAGUGAAGCAUGGAGGUGGGAAUGUCAAGAUCUGGGCUUGCUUUUCAUCCUCAGGACCUGGACAACUCCACAUAGUCCAGGGAAUCAUGAAUUCUGAGGAAUAUUGUCAAAUCCUAGAACAUAACCUGACGCCAUCUGUUUUGAAGUUAAAGCUUGGCAGAAGGUGGAUCAUGCAACAUGAUAAUGAUCCAAAGCAUUCCAGCAAUACAACCAAGGAAUGGCUGAAAAAGAAGAAGAUUCGUGUUCUGGACUGGCCCAGUCAAAGUCCUGACCUAAAUCCCAUUGAAAUGCUGUGGCGGGACCUGAAGCGAGCAGUUCAUGCCAGACGCCCAUCAAACCUCUCUCAACUGACUGCGUUCUGCAAGGAAGAAUGGGCAAAAAUCCCCCAAAGUAGAUGUGAGAGGCUGAUUAGUCACUACAGAAACCGUUUGGUUGAGGUAAUCUCUGCAAAAGGAGGCGCAAUAUCCUAUUAACUGAAGGGGUUCACAUACUUUUGCACACAUGAUAUCUGAGUUUUUCUUAAAUCAACCACUUUUGUUAAAUAAAGAAUGACAAUAUAACUAUUUCUUUUGUUUCAGUCCAUUAUUUGGAAUGUCAGUAUUGUGGAUUUGAUUAUAACUUAACAUUUAAUAAGGUUAUUUUAGUUUUUUUUACAAAAAAUCUGACCAUCGCUGUGGGGUUCACAAA